UGCGUGCUGGUUGCCUCGCUUAGUGGCGCAGUGUCCCGUCUGGAGCGCAGAGGGCGAACUCGACUCUGCAGUCUGCACAGUGCACUGCAGCCUGAGCGCUGCCUGCUGCCGGAGGAAUCCACCACAACAAUGGCGACUCCCAGUCCGGACAGCAGCUCUACGGGCUCCAACAGCGGCGGCGGCGGCGUGGGCUCCGCGUCGCACCACUUCCAACAGCACAGCCAGAGCAGCAGCAUGCAAGAAGCCAACAGCUGCUGGAGAUGUCAGAAUGAAACAGGGUUUCAUAUAAGCCUGACAGGAGCGCCUCCAAGCAAACGGAAGGCUCUGAAGCUCAACUUUGCCAACCCCCCAGUGAAGCCCACGUCCAGGCUGCCUCUGCACCCCACAGCCCCUGCCUCCCACAACCCACACAUAGAGCGGUUGCGCACACACAGUUUGGAAUCAUCUGGAAAGCUGAAGAUCUCCCCAGAGCAGCACUGUGACUUCACUGCAGAGGACCUGAGGGACUUGGGAGAGAUCGGUCGAGGGGCGUACGGCUCUGUCAACAAGAUGGUGCACAAGCCCACGGGACAGAUCAUGGCUGUCAAGAGGAUUCGCUCGACAGUGGAUGAGAAGGAGCAAAAGCAGCUGCUUAUGGACCUAGACGUGGUGAUGAGGAGCAGCGACUGCCCCUACAUCGUGCAGUUCUAUGGCGCCCUCUUCAGGGAGGGUGACUGCUGGAUUUGUAUGGAACUUAUGGCUACCUCAUUAGACAAAUUCUACAAAUAUGUAUAUUGUUCAUUAGACGAUGUCAUUCCAGAGGAAAUAUUAGGCAGAAUAACAUUAGCGACGGUUAAAGCACUGAACCACUUAAAAGAAAACUUGAAAAUAAUCCACAGAGACAUCAAGCCUUCUAACAUUCUGAUGGAUCGCCGGGGGAACAUUAAACUGUGCGACUUUGGCAUCAGUGGUCAGCUGGUGGACUCCAUCGCCAAGACCAGAGAUGCAGGCUGCAGGCCCUACAUGGCGCCGGAGAGGAUAGACCCCAGUGCUUCCAGACAGGGUUAUGACGUGCGCUCAGACGUGUGGAGCCUAGGCAUCACUCUGUAUGAGUUAGCCACGGGGCGCUUUCCCUACCCCAAAUGGAACAGUGUGUUUGACCAGCUCACACAGGUGGUGAAGGGAGAGCCUCCACAGCUCAAUAACUCUGAGGACAGACAGUUCUCCCCCAAGUUCAUCAACUUUGUCAAUCUAUGCCUUACGAAGGACGAAUCCAAAAGGCCAAAGUACAAGGAGCUUUUGAAACACUCAUUCAUCCUGAUGUACGAGGAGCGCCCUGUGGACGUGGCUGGAUACGUGUGCCGCAUAUUGGACCAGAUCCCCUCCUCCCCCCUCUCCCCCAUGUAUGUGGACUGACACCCCAUGCACUCCCCUCUUCCCAUGUAUGUGGACUGACCCCUUCUCCCGCUCUCCCCCAUGUACACGGUCUGACCAUAGAGUGUAUAAAGAAUUUGGACUAAGCGUUCAGCUCCACUUUAAUUAAGAUCACGAUGCCAGCAGUUACAGCUGCAAAUGGAUUGGAGCCAGGCCAAAAUUGCAAAAUAAAAACACCAUCAUCAUAUAGAGUGGGUUAAUAUGAAUAUUGUAAGACCAAAAUGACGAGGCCCACAACAUGCCAGUGUAAGUCAAUGGAGCCAGAGUCAGAAGGAGCCGGAAAAGCCACAUGUGAACUUCCUUUCUGGAAUUUCCAUUUAUAUAUACAGUCUAUGGGAGUGACCCCUCCUCCCCCUCUCCCCAUAUACGUGGACUGACCCCUUCUCCCCCUCUCCCCCAUGAAUGUGGACUGACCCCUCUCCCCCUCUCGCCCAGGUAUGUGUACUGACCAUAGCUGUUUAUAGAAGUGGACUGAGGUAGUAUGACGUCACCCAAUGUAUUUGGCUCCAGACAAAUGAACCUCGUUGAGACUAGGCUGGCAUUGUCCAUUUAUAUAUACAGUCUAUGGGACUGACCCAUCCUCCCCCUCUCUCCCCCAUGUACUUGGACUCUCCCCCCCCUCCUCUCUCUCCUGUCUCUCCUGUCUCCCCCCAUCACUUGACAUGUUCCAAAGAGCAGCAGAACUCUGAUCGCCCAGUGCAAUUCUACCCUAGACAUUUGAAGCUUCAUGUGGAAUCACUUUAGCAUUCAUCCAUGAGAGAAAAAAACAAAACACAUUUUAAAAAACCUUGAAAACAUGGUCUUAGUGAAAAUGCAUUGUUUGAAUUCACAAUAUCAACUCUCACCGUACGCAGAUCUACCAAAUAGGAGCAGAGAAGAGUGCUUUUGUGGCCUGUGAAUAUGAUGUACGCCCUCUAUUGGACAGUGGCUUUACUUUGUUUGGAAUAUGCAAUCUGUGUCUAUGGUCAUUGAUAGGAGUGUGUGUGUGCGUGUGUGACUGCACAGCCAGGGCACCCUCAGCUUUACCUGUGGAGAUAUCACCUCUUUACAAGCAUAAAGAGUGUACAGUAUAUCUAUGAUAAACAAGUCUGUGUAUUUCACCCAGUUCUCAAUUUUAAUGGCAAGAGUGGACGAUUGCAGUAGGAACGGCAUCUGGUGUAAGAAUUGUUGUAUGUUUCAGAGGUGGGUAGUUCUCAGUUACACUGAGUAAAUUUGUUUGGGUGUUCAUACUUAUGCUCCUACUUGAGUAAUAUAGGUACAGUGUAACCAGUGAGGGGAAGAAUCGUGUUGAAAAUGUAUUUAGUUCCAGAAUAUGGAAUAUGUGCAUUAAACUGUAUUUUGUAA